AUGGUCGUCGCAGUUUACGUGAUGCCACCCUUUGCAGCUCCAAGCAGUGGAUUCUGGGAAAAUUGGGUCUUCAAUUGCAUCGCGCAUCCCGUCGCCAACUUCGUCAUUGCCCGAGGUGCACUCCUUCCGGCCUUGAGGAUGCUGGACUUGCCUCCAGAACUCGGAGUCGGGGUCAAGAAGAUCGUGACGCUGGCGGCCUUGGCAACUCCGGUGACAUGCUUCUUGACGCACCUGGCAUUUCAUGCCGCAGGCAUCUUCCCAGUGCCCUUUGCAGCCCCUGUUGCUUGCCAGCCCGCUGUGCUUGCCACAAGCUUCCUUUCCUUCAGGCUUUUGCCGAAGGAGGCCCGCGACAAGAAAUCAUGGCGUGCUCUGAAGUUCUUUGUGUUCUUCAUCGUGACCUGCCAAGGCAUGAUUGCAAUGCUGCUGAUUGCUUUGGUGUACUUCAAGGAACUCUCCUAUGGCCAGCAGAUCUUGGCAAUCUUUGUCUUCAGCGGUUAUGUACAGGGAGUGUGUAAGAGCCUGGACUUUGUCGGGAAAUGCUUCUCUAUGCCCCAAGACAAGAUCAAUGUCUUCAAAUGGCACCCGAACUUUGUCGGUUUAUGCUUUUCGGCAUCACUAAUGGCGGAUGCGAAAGGGACGGGUGUGGAGCUUACCCUGGUGUUGCUAGAAGCAACAAAGGCCCCGCAGUCAGUAUUCAAAGCUUUCGAGAUGCUUGCGGAGUUGGAUCCUGACAAUAUGCCAGAUGUCGGGAACUCUGCACAGAGCUUUCUGGGUCGAUUCAUGCCUGUCUUGAGUCCCACAUCGCUCAAGCAAUCUGUAACGAAGAAGGUCGCUUCUUGCCGUAGAAUCGCAGCAGAACUGCAGAAGAUUCAGGGACAGCUUUCUACGAAGUCGCGGCAAGAGCUCAGCAAUACCGUUCUUUCAACUGAAGAUGCGCAACUGCUAAAUCACGUUUCCGCCAAGCUUUGUCCAGUCGCUGUGCUGGAGCUUUCAGAAAUGUUGGCGCCAGUAGGUUACAUCAUUGUGAACUGGAUCUUGCAGUAUGUUUGGACAGGAAACCGGUCCUACUUCAUCGGAAUUUCCAGCCAGAGCGAGGAUGACGUGGUGCAGGGAAUGGUUGGCAAUGCAUACGGCUUAGCCAUCGAAGCGGGCAUUUUUUCUGUGACAGCUUUGUUGUCGUGGAGGCUGCUGGGGGUAAACUUUGUUGAGCUGACAGCUGCUGCAAUUUCUUCAGAGAUUGACUACUGGUUCUUCGUGUCCAUCACCGUCUACAUGACAUAUUGGGUCUGCCUGAUCGAGCACACAGGGCAUGACUUCAGCUUCGAAUUCAGCUGGAUCCCCUGA